AUGAGAACGUAUAUUUUUGUUGCUUUUUUCAGUUUUUUAGUUGUGGGAGGUUAGUUUAAAGAAAUAAAAAACUUUUUUUUGUGAAAUUAACAACAGUAUCUGAAUUUGUCAAUUUUAAAAGCACGAAUCUCCCCGAUCCGAUUCAAAAUUGUUUUAAUUUGAUUUUUUUCUAGAUUGCCUAGUUUGUGAAACAUGUGAUGGUUCAACAUGUUUUGAUCGAGAUCGAUGGCUUCAAGAAUCUUGUCCACCAUCAACCCAAUAUUGUUAUCGACUUUCAAUUGAAGGAAAAGCUUUCCGACGUGGUUGCUCAGAUUAUCCUUGCUCAACUCUUCCAGGAGUCGAAAAAAAUAUGGAGUGUAGAACUUGUAGUCAUGAUAGAUGUAACAAUGAAAGAGAUCAUUAUUCAUCGGAUCAUGGAAGUGGAUUAACUUGGAAAAAAUCGGCAAGUUCUUCAGGAUUUCAAUUAUUACUGAUUUCUCCAUUUUUAAUUCGCAGUUUCCAACAUAUUUUAUCAUGA